AGCGUCAGUAGAGAUGCGUCCGCGGUUACGGUGUAUCGAGGCUGUCAGUUAGCCGGUGGGUUAGCUACGGGGUGGAUCCAGCCGAAAGUACGGCCGAGAGGGGUGCUUCAGGACGCGUGGGGAGGACGCUUUCGCGACGGUGUGCAUCGUUCGCUUCCCUUUCGCUCUAUCCUCUUUUCCAUGUGACCGGCGGAUACAUUGGUAUAAGAGUCGGAAAGAUUUUCUAUCGAACAGGAUUAAAAGGAAGAUCGAAGAGGAACGUUGCGAGUGCGAUGAGAAGGAAAAGUGCUCUACCAAACGUUCAGGACACGUUCCGAAGCGAAAGGACGACAAAAACAAAGGAUAAUAACGAGGAACCAAAGGAUAGCCUGGAGUAUUCGUGAAAUGGAGAAGCUCUGACCUAAGAGAAACGGAAGUAGUUCAAUUUUCUUCAACGAUGAAUCGAGAAAACGAGGAACAGCGACCAGUAUCCCAAACGCUUUGCGGGGCUUUGCAAAAAGAACCGAAUUGCAAAUGUUUGGUAUUAUCGGUGUUAAUAUACGGAUGCCUUGCCGCAGUGACGUGGUGUAGAUGCGCGAAUGUCACCAAGGUGGUGAUCAAUUAUUCGAGAUAUCCGAUUAAAAGUACCAGACACGUGUCUCCUUGCGACGAUGGUUACAUUUAUAUUCCCGUGGCAUUUAUGGGAAUGUUAUAUCUGGUUUACCUCGUGGAAUGUUAUCAUUCGCCGAUCAGAAUCGAUUUAUUGCACGCGGAGAGCCAGGACAGCGUUUUGUCGAAGCUGUCGCAAUUAAAGUCAGCUCAGCCGACGAUCUGGUGGAAGGCUGUCUCUUACCAUUACGUACGCCGGAAACGACAAAUUACCCGGUACAGAAACGGAGACAAUUACACUACGACGCAGGUGUACUAUGAAAGAAUAAACACUCACGCAGCAACGUCCUUUUAUUACUACGAUUACUGCGGCGUGAAGGAUAUCAGCAAAGAGUUGAUUCUAGAUCCAAAAGUGCCAAUCACGAAGAUCAAUCUCAGCAAAGGAUUCGCCUUUUCGAACAUGAGAUCGGCGACCGAGUUUGAAGAAGCAAGAUCGAGAUUCUUUGCCGAACAAGAGUUGAGAGACGAUUACAUGGAAAUGAGAGAGGGUUUGGAUCUCGGAUACAACCUGAACCCUACGACCUUGGUAGCUGUUCUUGGUAAUCCAUGGUUCACCAAUCGCUACGUGUACUGGUGUCUGAGCGCACUGUUGCUUAGCUGGCCUCUUAGAGUGAUCAUAGAGUAUAAAACCCAGUACGCGGACUAUCAGAUCACGAAACUGUUCGGGAUUAACUACGACACACCUAGCGGAAGCGAGCCGAUACACGCGUCCAUGAGCCAGCAGACCAUUAACCAGCCCGGCUCUUACAUGUUGGCCCCAAGUUACAGCGAGGCCCUUCUCAUGGAUCCAGCGCCCGAUCAAAGACCCCAGGACCCGAGCAUUACGGAAAUGGUACCCAGUUACUCCGAGGCGUUGCUCUACCAACGGGCAGAGCAAGGCUGCACUAUGAACGAUGAAACGAACAACGAGAACCCGAAUCAUCCCCAGGAACAGCCUCGCGAAUGUUCCUGUCCUUGCCAUUCUGAAACCAGCACCACCGAAGGUACAAGACCGGAAGAAGACGUUGGGCAAUCGAGCAGUGCCAGAGAACCAUUGAUACAGACAACCAUCGAUGUGUAUCCUCCAGUCUGCACCUACGUCAGCCAAACAGAGACUGGAAGAUGUGGAAGCUGUGGGAAACUCUUAGUGGAAGCGCAAUUGGAGAAUCCAGAAGUCUCCAGAAAUGAACAUACCCCUGGAAGCAGCUCUUCAGGGAUUCACAAUCCCAGGAGAGAGUUGAUGAGCAGCGUUAUGCCUCGAGACAUGUCCGAACCGAACCUCAGGUUCCGAUCAGAGCUGAUGGAAACUGAUACCAAGUUUCUUCGAAUAAAUGGGCAAAGUUUGAGGAAUAUCUUGGAGAGUGAACAAGAGGAAGAGUUUAACGAAGAGAGGGUACGAGGUAGCGAACAAAAAAGAGGAGAGAGAUUGAGAUUCUCUCUUUGCUCGUUGGAUGAAGCAAGUUCUCAAUCGAGAACAGUGGACGCGAGUAGAGGAGCGAUACCGAAGAGGACAGCAGCUCGAAGCAGGGUCAUAGCGAACCCUAUGUCGAACGAGACGUGUCCUCUGCCCGAUUCCAAGACUUAUUUCUGUCUAAAGUCCAUUCUAAAACAAAAUAACAGACGCUAUACACUGAUAACCGCCAGAGAGCUUCAGAAUCUGUCCGAUCAAGAGGAGGAAGAAGUAGAUAGACGUCGUCGGGUACGAUCAUCCUAUCACGAGGGUUGCAUCCCUGUAUGCGCGUCCGACAUAGAGGGAAGAUUCAAUCUAUUUUCAAGAUCGAGGGAAAGUUUGGACGCGGUGCUUGGAAAGAAAAGGAAGCAACCGGGAAACGUGUCGAAUGAUAAAACCGAGGAUAUCUCCAUGUGCAAACGCGAUAACAAUAGAACUCUGAUUUUCGCGAGUCCGAUACAAGAAGUCUGUCCGGGUGACCCGUUCGGCGGAAAGGAUGUUGUUCGAACCCGACAGGAAGUCGAUUGCACCCCUACGGAAGAGACGCCGAGUCACACCGUCCUCGGCCAACUAGGACGGUCGCUGACUUGCGACCGGAAGUCAUCUAGGCGUCGGUUCCAAGACGCUCGCAGACAACGCUACUCGGACUCAUCUCAACCUUCCGCUUUCUCUUGUCCCCCCGAUCGUCAACACCCUUAUCCGUACGCUUUCUCGGCGUCGACGAAUGCCAUGGACGCGAUAGAUUUUGGCAAGAACGAGUCGCAGGUUCGAAUUUCGCAACACGCCACGUCCUUCCCUCCGUACGAAGGAUCGACGCGUAACGAGAAGACGACCAACGAUGAUACCGACAGAGUAUCCUCCGAAGACACAUUCAAAGGGGAAUUAACUCGCUCGUUGACCGAGAGACGUGCUAAGCCUGCGCGACACGAUGUUAGUAUACGCAGAAGCUUCACGGGCAGGGUCGAGGAUUACAGAACGGAUAAUAACAAAUGGACGAACUUGAACAUGGAGACGUCGUUAUAACGAAGGAACAUAUAAGCCAAUAGAAUGUAAAUGUAAAUAUCCGUCCUAAUUUUCACGGUUCAAGAUCCUGCAAAUACGAGUUCGAAGGCUCGAGAUGGAAUGCGACCAGUGAGAAAAGCUGAUUCGGAGGAUUUAGAAUUUGAAAAAAGAAAAAGCCGAAGCGUGAAACGCUGUCGAUGUUGCCAAUUGGAAUUACUAUCGUGAUUACAGCGUUUAAUAAAUUCGCUGUCCACGUUUUAUUAGACCAAAUCAUUCAAUGACUAUGCAUGGACAUGAAUCCAAUGCAACCACCUUGCAGAAAACGCAAAGCAUCGAAUGUAUCGCGAUGUCAAUUCGUAGUGAACGUGAAAUUUGUAAAACAAAAUCGUCCGCUCAAUUGCAAGCAAGAAAAAAACCGUAGUUUUUAAAUGGUUCAAUCGAAUGGAAAUCCGUGCCGAAAAAAAUACGACCGAAAGUCUCUGCUUUCCCGUGCAUAGAUACGAAAGUAUACAUAUAUUAUAUAUUUUUGUCUACACGUUUGCUCGCGCAAAGCUAAGAAAAGAAACAAGUCGUCGUAUAUUAUACGAUCGUUGUUUUUACCGAUCUCUCGAUGUUUCCAUUGAGAUGUUUGUAUUACUAGACGGUACAUUACCUACAUUAUACUAUUAUUAUACAUAAUUGUCGCGAAAGAACAAACGCACCGUUAUAUGCUUUUAGGAAAAUAUUUUUCAUAUACUCGGAUAAUGUGUAUCGAUGCCAAUUGCUGAUCGUGAUAAUCAUUGAUAAAAAUUAUUACUAAUAAUAAUGAUCGUGGUAUAAUUAAGUUGAACGAAAAUAAAAUCCAACGCAAAACUAAUUGACAUACAAAUAAUAUAGUAAAGCGUUAAAAUUUUCGCACAAACAUUUAUAACUUAUACGCGAAUACUGUUUCAGAACCAUCUGUCUUUGUAUACCCACGAGUAGGCAUUUAAUUUUUUCAAAUGGACGCCGUUCGGAACGACAUCUAUCGAGAGAUUACAGUACGCUUGCUCCGUAGAAAUACGCGCAGAAAAAGUUAUUUGAUAUUAAUCAUUGCAAAUUGGUAAUAAAAAUUCAUGUCUUACAGGAAAGGGGUUAAAGACCUUAAUUAUACCACGAUAGUACAUGUCUAUAGUAAGUUAAUCUGGAUUUCGAAGUCCAUAAUACAUAUGUGCAUAUGUGUGUACGUGUAAUUUAAUACAAUUAAUGUCGACAAAAUGUAACGUUAAUUCACGUUACGGUUUAUCACGUGUCAACCCAUUCGAUAUUGGUGUUUUAAUCAACGAAGAAAAGAAAAAUGUUACCCUUGUCAAGGGCAAGGUACAAGAGUACAUAUAUUGAGUACGAAACAAGAGUACGUGUAUUAAGAGUACGAACAUUUAUAAUAAGAAUUCUUUCUUUACUGUUGAAAUACAUAAAAGUUCAUUCGAAUGGGUUGAAAUUUAUUACAUGCAUCGUAAAUCUGUCUAUGAAGAAUGGCUAGCUAUUGAAAUCGUAUUCACUCACCACACUUGAUGCGAUGAAACGGAUGAAAAGCGAUGAAAUUUCCCCCGGAAAUUGUUCCAGUCAGUAGAUAUCCGCUCUGAUGAUAGAAAUUGUCCAGAAAAUUGCAGAAUUGUCCAUAAAUAUCACCACAUUUCUUCAAUUUCCCACGCUCGCACACCACUCGCGUCCGCGCACCGUGAAUUCGAACCGCGUAUUGAAACUAAAAUGGCGUCGGAGGAGACGCCAGCGCAGUUCAGUUAUACGCUUCCCGCCAAAUUCGAACGCUACAAACGUAGCACACAAGCGACUUUGCCGUGCGGUACCACUGCGAUUAGUAAACCUUCUUUCUUUGUUCUUUGCAAAAAACGAAGACAGACAUGUGAUCGCAUGAUAAAAAGUCGCUCGUCUGCAUUGGAUUUAAACUACCUUGUAGCCAUGUGUAGCGUCCCUACUUGUUAAAUGACAAACGACGAAGCAUGUGAUAAGAAAAUUUCGAUACUCACGUUAAUUAUACAGUUGUUAAGGCAUCUCAGGAUAACGCGCGUGAUUAUUGUUUAAGUUUUACAUCUACGAUAAUGUAUGGCAAUUUUUUAUUCCGCGUACAAUAGAAUUUUUUGAUAGACACGUUUAACGAACACCGGAUUGUAAAGAGGCACUUUCCCGAAAUGGCGGAUGUACUGUGGUUAAUAAUGCAACAACUAUAUUCGAAUCUUUUUAAAAAUUAAUCGCACUCUAUUAAAAUUUGAUACUUAAAAAUUGAUUUAUUAAUUAAUCUGACGUGAAAUCAUAUUGCAAUGAUUAUAAAUAUGUAUGAAUUUAUUAAACAGGAUGUGCAUUGAUUAACUUCGAUUUCCGUGGCAAAUUUGAAAGUGUCUCACCCAACGAACCAUUCGCGCCUUUAACAUUUAACAAAUCAUCGAUUCAUAAUUUCAUAGAGACAAAUUUAGGCUUUAAGAAUUAAUCGACGAUUUCAAUGCCAAAUGUGUGAAUUAAAUUUAAACAAUCGAACGGUAUUUAAUGAUAUACAUAAUAUUAAUAUGGAUUCAAAAUUCAUUUUAUUACGAAUUUUUAAUCGAGCAAUUUAUUUUAAUUCAAAAAAGGAAACAAAAUAACAUGAAUAUUUGGCUAUUGCAGAAAAAUUGCACGCCAAGGGGAAUUGUAGCUGGUUAUUGCUUUAGUGUUCAUGCAAAAUUUUAAAUAAAUUAAAUAUCUGUUGUAUAUAAAGCCUCGACGUUUAACCAGAGUCCUCAUUGCCGUGCAAUGUUAAGAACAAAGAAAAUCCAUGCCGUCUCAGAAAAGUGCUCUUCUAAUUAAAAUUGUUAUUAUAGGACGAAUUGUCUAUUAUUAUGCGAUAAUUGGAAACGCGUUUAUAUGCGGUACGUACACGCAUAUUAGCGUAAAAAAGCCUGUAACUAUAUACUGCUAUGCAUAUAACUAUUAUUAUUAUUCUUAUUAAUGACGAUAUACAAAUCAUUCCUGUAAAAACAAAGAAACAAACGAACAAUGUGGUUAUAGUACAAUAAACGUUGACACGAAAAAAGGAACAUAUUUCCUUAAA